ACCACUUUUGAGGUCAAUAGUUACGCAGUUGCUACUCCUCACAAACCACUAGAUCUGCCAGCCAGACUGAUCGCAACAGAUAAUGGCAGCGAUGGCAUUCGAAUCAUCCCUUUCAUCAAGCGUCAGGCGCGCGUCGACCGCCGUUGUGCCAUCGACUAUGGCCGAGACACUUCCCAGCAUCAAUUUUGGAUUCGAAGAUCUACGCGACCGCAUGGCCAAAUUUACUGCUCGAUUCGAUGAUUUCAUUGAAAAGGGACGGAAACGCGUUCUUGAAGAGAGAAAUCAAUUUCGCAUGAGCGUUGCCGAACUACAAGAGGACCAACGCAUGCGCCGCCGCGAUAUGGAAAUACUGUCUCUUAAAGCAUCUGCUCAUAAUCAAACACUCCAAAAAGAAUACCAGGAGACUUCAGAGAUGCAGAGCGCCAUCGCAGCAGUGACGGCGCAACGCGACGAACGCGCAGCUCACCGCGAUAGACUGAAGCAACAAAUUGCCGAUACCCAAAAGGCUAUUACACAGCGAGUCGACGCGCAAAAGGAGCAUGCGCGACACCUGGACAACCAGUCGCGAUUCAACGUGCCGGAACUCGACUUCUGGCAAGACUAUCUCGGUCUAAGAAUUGAAGGGGCGGGCGUGAGCGACCACAUAAAAUUUGUGUACACCCAUAUUGACGAAAAGGACUGGGAGAGAGAGGCGUGGUUUGAGCUUGUCAUGGACAAGAGAGAAUAUGAAAUUGGACAUUGCAAGCCCAAGAUUGACAAAGAAAGGGCGGACGCGAUUGUGGAAAAGCUCAAUGAGACGAGAGACUUGAGAAUCUUGCUGAAGGGCAUGAGGGUGGCGUUUAUCGAGGCAAUGAAAUGAGAUACCUAUUCGAUUCUGCAAUGUCUAUAGGUACUGUGAGGAGAAUGGACCCACAACGCUUCAUUCGAUGUUAUUGUUUUGGUUUGCGGUUAUUUGGGUUUUGGGCAAUAUAUGACUGAAUAUACAGUGUAAUGAUUUAAUGAUUCUUGACGUCUGAUCUAUUUCAGAAGC